AUCCCUAAAAAAGGCAUGUCGAAAUUGUGGGCGAGAUUUGCAGGUAUAUUCAGUAGCAAGAAUUUUGUAGGGAUAGAUAAAGCAGGCAAUCGCUAUUUUAAAAGAACUGAGGAACUUGAUGGUGUCAGUAAUGAAGGAAAAGAGAUGGGUGACAUUCAAAGGAGAGGAAGAUCCAACCUCCAUUCCAGUUGAAUGGAUAUGUUGGUUGAAUGGACAACGGAAGAGUGCUCCAACUCCAGAGGAAAUGGCUGAGUUGGAGGCCAGAAGGGAAUUUGUUAAACUUAAUAUUGCUCGUCUCAAGAAGGAAGAGGAGGAAAGAAAGGCCAAAGAAGGCAAGCGGAAAGCCACAAACAUUGGUAAAGCUGAUGGCCCAGAUUUAAAGAGUUUCGUUCAACAAUUUCCAGAUGCUUCAGAAGGUGAUAAAACCGCAGAAGCAUCUGAUAGACAGAAUGAAAAAAGGUCGACAGAGCCAACUGGUUCCGGUGAAUCCUUUAGACCAGGAACAUGGCAACCUCCAACAUGAGAUCACUCAAACACAAUGGCAGCCUUUAUUUUUCUCUUGAUGUUCUAUUAUAGUCACCAGAUGACUGCAGAAGUUGAAGACAACGAAUUAAGGCCACAUAGUGUGGCAGUCUCAUUCUUUUUCCGCACGGAUGUUUGCUCAGAACUAUUGUUUCCGGCCUUCUUGUUUACCCGUUUCAGAGUCUUGCAGCUUUUGGUGGAACAAAAACUUUUGGAUGAGUAAUCCUCACCCUUUUUCCCUUAGAUGUACUGUAAAGUUCUGGUAUAAGGGUAAGUUCCUAACAGAAGAAAAAUGAAUAGAGUGCUAUAUAUUAGGAAUAUUAUACACUCCAGAGGCUUUCUUGCUUGUUUAGCCGACCUGUAUCUUGUGAAAAGUUACUCAGCUUUUCCAUCUAACAAUUUUGUGACUAAUUCGUGUUUUCGAUAAUUGUUUUCUAUGGAAGCUAAUUGUUUUCUAUGUAAUCUUAUGAAGUGAA